AUGGCAGUAGCAGCACAAUCAUCAUGUUUCCUUCCAACUCCUCCAACCUCCCCUACUACUACACCUCUUACUCUCCCAAUAGCAGCAUCAGCAGGUACAUUUAAUUAUCUUCAUCACGGCUUGACGACCACUUGCACAUCAAGCUCAGCCGUUAGUCCACAAUCACCAACGGCCUACUCCACCACCUUAAUGAAUUCCCUUAAUCAUGUAAAUUCAUUAAGUGAUAUGAAUGUUCAUGCCAUGAUGAAUGUAACUUCACCAUCCGUUAUUCCUGUAGAUGCAUCUAUUGAUUACUCAUCCAUUCAACAACAAUUCCUCAACUCUUAUUAUCCAUUCCAAUCCGUUAUCCUCCCAGAAGAGAAGGAACAUGAUGAUUCCAUGCUGAACAUUGAACCAUCUGUUGACAUUGAAAGCCAACAACAACCAAUGUUAAGAUUGGAUGUUAAUGACAUGUUAACAUCUUGGACAGAUUUGUUCAAUGAAUGUAACAUUAAGGGAAGUUGUAGUCCAACAUCAACAUCCAGCAGUGUUACAUCUACAUUAUCAACCAGGAGUACUACUAGUCCGUUUAAUACGGAUGCUUCCUAUGAAUCUGCAUCUAAUCAAUCAGGUGAAGAAUUGAGCUCUCCAAAGUCAGUGGAUGCUGCAUCAAAUAUUAGGAUUCAGUUAAAAACUCAAUCAACUAAUGUAUAUAAUAUUAACAAGAUUGUAAAACCAGAACAUGUAUUCAAACAAAGAAAAUCAGUCCUUGUUACUUCAGAAGAUAGCAAAAAGAUUGAAUUGAUCAACAAGAGUAGAUUUAAAGAGAAGAAGAGUAGAAAGAGAAUGAAGUAUCCAGGAGAAUCUUCCUUGCAUAUAUGGAAGUGGAUGGAAUGA